UGAUUGGUGAAAUGAAUAACUUUGUUGUUACGUGUAUCAAAGUUGCACGUAUGUAUUUGUAUGAGUUUGAAGGUUCGAUCGAUGUGCAUAAACUACUUGUGUUAUGUGUGAAUUAUGGCAUUUGAAUGAUGAAGCCAGUAGAGUUGACAUGUUGCGUAGAAGUUCCGAAGUUCGGUAUUUAUUAUUUACAAUGUGUUUAUGUAUUCAGAUUUUCGAAUAAGUUUUUUGAUUUGUGAAGAUUGUGAAUAAUCAGCUUAUUUUCGUUCGUGUGGAAUUUUUUCGAGCACGUGGAGGUUGCAGUUCGACAUGAGUGACAUCGAAGAAUAUCCCUUCAUUUUCAUGAAUACGCCGUCGUCACUACAGCUCCUGGCGUUAACCGAAGUGGCGUUAAUGUUAUGGCAAUGCAAAUGUGCGGCUACAGACCCUUCAUGCAAGGAUUUCGCAGAGUUUUGGUGGGGAAAUUCAGUCUUCAGCUGCGAAGAAAUACUCGUCGUUCGUGUUCCGUCUCGAAUCAGAUCGCAAAUAGACGACAGAAUUGACACUUUUGGCAAGGAACUUCUGAAAUGGAGAAAUUUCCACUAUAGCGUUUUUAUAGAUGAACAAAAAUUUUCCAAUUAUAUGAAGCAUAUGGUCUUAGAUUUUUCCGGAACCAUUGGUUAUAAAGCGACCGCUUUGAAUAUCCUGAAUUCGGGUCAAUUCGCCGACGUUGAAAAUUAUAAAAUGGCGUGUCUGUAUUGUUUGGAAGAUCAAGUCAGGCGGUUUUGGCCUUUGGUUACUGAAGAAGAUCUAUAUGAUAGAUACAAUACGUGCAAUUUAUCUUACUGGAAUGAUGUUAUGAAAUCAGGAGAAAAUUCGAUCACCGAUAGGCGGCCUACUGAGCCUUUUAUAGAACUAUGGAUGGAGUUCGCGAAUCGGGGAAAGGAUAGAGCAGCGUUUGAGCAGUUUUAUCAAAUGUUACCAGAUAUUGAAAUACUAGAGGAAACUAUGAAUUACCCAGAAGAUUACAAAUGCCGAGCUGUGAUACGUUCAUUACCUACAUUAAACCGAAUGCAAGUUGAAGAAGCAUUCAAAGGAAAGGCUUCCACGAUGUUUGGAUUGUUAGCUUUGGACGACGAUCAGCGUUUCGCGCAGUCUGCGCAUCAAUCGUGGACUCUUGUGCGACAUUUGAUUUUGGAAGAUGAAUCGAGGUUUUUUUCUGUCCUGCAAGUAUUGUGGAAAAUCGCAUUCUGUCUUGAUGAUCGUGUGCGUACGAGUUAUACUCGUUGCAAUGAAAUUAACGAAUUGUUGCUGGAGAUCUGGUCAGAUGCCUCGGACGAAUUAAAAGCUGCCGUUUCUAAUAUUAACUACAUUUACGAGUUUUUCGACCGAAAUUUUGACCAAUUUAGGAUAUGUUCUUACUCGUAUUUACGUAGCCACGGUCACGAUAUGAAAUUUAUGAUAGAUAUGCUGAAUACGUCACAAGACGUGGAUAAAGCUUGGCUGUGGCGGGAUAAUUGGCGCGGAUUCGCCUUACGUGCCAAUGUUUCGGAUUUCGAACAACUGAUGAGUUGCUGUUUAGCGAAUAACGAAGACCAGGUCGAGUAUUACAAAAAUCAAGUGCUGGAUUUCCGUGGUUUUCCUCGCAAAUUGAUUCGAAACGGAUUCUAUUCGGAUUUGGGAGAUUACCUGUAUUUUUGUUCGAAGGAUGCGAAACACUUUCAACAGUUGAGAAAAGAACGUCUCGAAUCGAAUCUCCAUACUAUUUUACUUCACAAUGAUGAUCAAUUCGCUAAAUUCGAAUGGUUCGUCGGGGAAUUAUUUUCAAACGAGAAAAAGGAUGUAGACGAAUUCAAAGCGCAAAUGAUUUCGUCUGCUCAAAGUCUCAGAUGCCUGCUCACUGCUCGUAAUCAUUAUCAAAUUCGUCCGAAUGAUUUCAGCACACUCAUUGGCCGCUUUGUUACCGAAGAAGAUAAAUAUAAUCUAGUGAAACGUAAAUUAUUGGAGCAGUGGCGUAGCCAUCCGAUGACGGGCUGGUUAGACAAGGGCAGGAUUGAUUUCUUUGACGAAUGGAUAGAAUUUCUCGAAUGGUGUAUUCCCGACCAUGAAGAACGUUCAGCCUUCAAGCAGUCGUUAAAUGUAGAUGAAAUUUUCUUAAAAUUGUUGAAUGAUAAUGCUAUGAUGAGGUCAAGUCCAGAUAAGAUAUUUCUCGACAAAUUUUUAACAUGGUAUUUUGGAAACGAAGAAGAUAGCAAAAAUUUCAAAGUAGAUAUGAUAAAAAAAAAUUACACGGGAAUCGAUUUUGUGCAAACCAAGAUGCUGAGUAACGAUGAUGCUGAUUGUCAUGAGGUGUCUUCUUUGUUGAGAUGGUUCUUUGAUAAUAAUACUGAAGAUUUAUGUAGAUUUUGCGAAAGUUGUCAUUUUAUUCUGCAUUCGAACGUGCUAUUAUGAAUAUGAUGGGGGUGAAACUCGAUAUAAUUAUUUUUUUCGAGGGUAAAUUGAUAUGUUACCUAUGUACUGUGUAUUUUAUUCAAUUCUUAAUAAACUUAUUCGUACCUA